AUGCCGCAUCAAGCUCCCGGAAGCAGUGCAUCGUUGCGGUCUGCCGACCACAAAUUUGGGUCGUUGACUCCAACUCCAGUGGACGUCGACCGCACUUCCUGCAUUGCAGAGACACCUGAGCCGUCGUACAGGAAGACCAAAAGUCAGCAAGAUUCGCAACCCCAGCUUCACUCCUGCGCUAAAGACAAGCGAAGGAGAGAACAAGACAACCAUGUGUUUGGUCAAGGCUUCAAGAGUCCUUCAGAAUCCCUUCUGCAAAGCAUACCCGAACAGCUGGCCGAGCUGAUAGCCACAGUGGUAGGGGGUUUGGAAGGUGAAGAACUGGGUUCCGCUUUCAGAGACGCUGCAGACUUUCCCCCGAUCACCAAACAGUCACUUAGCGAGCUGGACCUCGACAAAAUCAUCGCCAAUAUCAAGUUACGACACGACAUAAACUUCGAUAGAGAUCUUAGCUUCAGACCAAACCUGGACGGCCCUAGAGGCGAGAAGAAACGAAGGCAAGCAUCGAUGUACUGGAAGGCGCUGAUUGCAGAGUUGAGACUAUACGUUUGCAUAUUCGAGUGUGGUCCGACCCUUCUCACUAAGGAGCCGGAAAUGCAUUUCAAGAUUGUGCAGAAUGCGAAGAGGCGGAUACCGAAGAUGUUCCAAACCAUACAGGAGGUGUUGAAGGGUCUAGUGCCGGCGCGAGAUCAUCCGGGAAUAGAAGAGCACUUGGACGUUGAAAAAUUGAUGCAAGAGAUUGAGCGAGGGGUGUGUGACUUGGUACGACUGGCUGAAUGGCUGGCACUUCUCUUGAAAGAGCAUUGCGCGCCGAUGCGGGAUGAGCUCGUUGAUAGGAUGGUGAAAGCGACUGAGGUUGGCGUGGCUCGAAACAGUUCGGAACAUAUCAUAGGAGGCCUACGGGACUUGUUCGGGAUUUUGGAAGCCAUGAAACUGGACGUCGCAAAUCACCAAGUCCGCAAUCUGAAGACGAUGUUGAUAGAGGAUACGAUCCACUUCGAGCGUCAUUAUCAUCUUGAACGAAUCGUCCACGGGCAAGCACGUGUCAAUGUCGAAGCUGCCCAUCGUUGGUACAGGUCACAGUUCAGGGGAUCGCAAGAUUUACCCAUCCCCGCACAAAAAGGAACUUUGCGGUUUCCCUUCGAGGUCUUCUUGCGUGCAAUGGCGUCGUCCCUUGUGCCUGGCAACUCAUAUGCCGACCUGCCAGAGACUUUCUACCUCGACUAUGACCGACUCCGUACGAUAAGAUUGGAAUUGACUGACCUCAUCCACUUUGAGAUGUGCUUCGAUUUGUUCUCUCAACUUCUCCAAGAGCUCGGUUUCCAAGGGCAUAUUCCUGUUUCUACGCGCCAUCAGCUUCGUGCAUCGCUUUGGGCAAUCAUCACGGAGACUUCCGACUUCGGCCCCUUCCAAUGGUUCUCUCCGAACAGCGAGCACAUAGCCAUUGAGCUCGUGCGCCAGGCCGCUGAACUCACUCGCUCUCCGCACCUGUACAACCAUGAACUCAUCGACCAUACCAAUCAUGGACUACAAGCGUUCUUCCUUUCACACUACGAAUCACGCGCUCAAACCAUACUGAUGUCGCAUCUUCUUCCCAAGAUCCUCGACACAGUGUCCCACCACAUGCACUCCUCACCCAUCGAGCUUUUCAACAACCUCACCGCAUCCCCGGGUCCGCCUAUUGCUCCUGCGCUGUCCACGUUGGCUGCUGCGCCACCGCCGCAUUCGGUGGAGGUUGAGGUGGACGAUAUGCUUGCAACGGCCCUUUUAUCCCCGACUGCUCCCGACCAGAUUGCGGAUAUCGCGAAACGGGUUGCGCAUGUUGCGCUUUUGCAUUGGCGGAUUUGGGGCCCUAUCGCGUAUGUGCUGGAAGAGGAGACGCAUAAAGAUGGAAGGGAUGGAGAUGUGCACAUGCAAGGAUAG